AUGUCAUGGCCGACGGCGGCGAUCUUCAUUGUUGGCGAUAUGAUGGGUGGAGGAAUGAUUGCAUUGCCUAUCGCUCUUGUAAAUGCCGGGCUGAUCCCCGGCAUUACGAUCAUCAUCCUUGGGGCCAUCUUUACUGGAUACACAGGUGUGCAACUCGGAGACAACUGGACACUCAUGCAGAAACGAUGGCCAGAAUACAAAAGUCACUGCAGGCGGCCGUAUCCAGAAAUGGCUUACAGAGCCAUGGGCACCAAAGCAAAGCGGAUAGUGGCGUUCUGCUUGUGUGUGACCCAAUUCGGCAUUUGCACAGUGCUAAUGCUUCUGGCUGCAAACAAUUUCUCGAAUUUAUUGGCAGCGGUCGGCUUCGCGGUCAACUUCUGCUAUGUUAUUCUUCUGAUAGGAGCUGUACUGUGGCCUUUUGUGAUGCUGAAAAGUCCAAUGGACUUUUGGCAGGGUGCUGUCGGUGCUGCCGCGUCAAGUACCGUGGCAGCAAUAUUGAUCGUCGCCGGGUCCAUCCAUGAUGCCCCAGUCUGUCAGCAGGUCGUCAGUUAUCCGGAGUUUUCGUUCCACAAUCUCUUCCUCGCUUAUGGGACAAUAGCCUUUGCCUAUGGGGGACACGGCGCUUUUCCGACGAUUCAGCACGAUAUGACGAAGCCAUUCCGUUUCAAUCGAGCCGUCUGGGCCAGUUAUAUUUUCAUCCUUAUCGUGUACAUUAUCGUGUCAUCGACAGGCUACGCUGUAUACGGUGACAGCAUGAGGAAUACUGUUAUCCCUUCUCUCCAGAUUGGGUGGCUCUCACAGUUAGUGAAUGUGAUGAUCACGGUUCAUGUGCUGCCAACGGUGGUGAUAGUUUUCUCUCCAUUGGCUCAGCAAGUUGAGGAGUGGACUGGCGUACCGCAACGACACUUCAGUGCGCAUCGGUUUGCUAUGCGCUCGCUGCUCCUCCUCGGGAUCAUUUUCACCGCCGAGUCAAUACCUCAUUUUGGAGUGUUCUUGGAUCUGGCGAGUUUCAUAGCGUUGAAGGCCCAGUCCACAGUGUUCGUUUGGGCGGAGAGAGUUGGUGGCUCAACGAUCACCUUGAUGACUAUGCUGCUGCCCAGCGUCUUCUACCUGUUCCUCUUUGCAUCUCAUAAGAAACGCAAGGAUCUCAUCAACACGAUGCAAAUCUCACCUGAUUCACCUGAUGACCAACUCGCUGGACUAGCAGACAUAUGGCGAUACACAUCCAAACCUGUACUGCUCUUCAAUGCCGUCUCUUUCGGUGGGCAAAGCAAUAACCUCAAAAUAAAUUUACAAUGA